AUGGAUGAAGAAACUUCUAGACUUGAAGAUGAAGAAGCAGAACGUGAAAAUGAUCAAGAUAAUAUGGAUGGUGAUUUAUUAAGUAAUUAUGUGCAUCCAGCAGUAGAUAAUAACGCAAAAUGGAA